AUGGAAUGUGCGAUGUCGGAAAUGAUAAAGAAUCCACGGGUGAUGAAGAAGGCUCAGGCCGAGGUACGGGAAGCGAUGAGAGGCAAAUCGAUCGUCACGGAAGCAGACAUUCAGGACCUGCCGUAUCUGAACCUGGUGAUCAAGGAGACUUUCAGGCUGCACCCGCCGGCACCGCUGCUGCUUCCGAGGGAAAGCAGAGCGAACUGCGUGGUCGCCGGCUACGAGAUCCCUCGGAAGACGAAGGUGAUCGUGAACGCGUGGGCGAUCGGGAGGGAUCCCGGGAUGUGGGAGGACCCGGAGACUUUCGUUCCCGAGAGGUUCGACGGGAGCGAGAUCGACUUCAGAGGGAUGCAUUUCGAGCUGAUCCCGUUCGGUGCAGGAAGGAGGAUAUGUCCUGGAAUCGCGUUCGGGAUGGCCAACAUCGAGCUCCCUCUGGCUCAGUUGCUGUACUAUUUUGACUGGGAGCUCCCCCAAGGGAUGACCGUUGAGAACUUCGACAUGGACGAGUCUUUUGCAGCCACCAUGGGAAGGAAGAACCCUUUGUAUUUGGUACCGAAGGAGUUUAACGUGUCUGAUGAUCAAGGUGGUGUUAAUGGAAGUUUUCCUGAACUGUUGGAGACUACUGCAAGUUAA